AUGCCGCGAUCGUUUCUGGUCAAAAAGCAACACGCCAAGUGUGGCUCUCGCAACUGGGGAGACAUAUCGGAUGAUCAGCGAGGGGAUUUCUACAUUCCAGAAUGUUUAGACAGGCAGCAGUGUUUACCUGACCGAGGUAACACAAUGAGUGGAAAGGACACAUGGGAAAGAUCAUUUGAUAAAGGAUUCCGUGAAACAGAUCAGCGUGAAGUACAGCCAGUGCUGAAAACAGCCAAGGCGCAAUCAGCCUACACCCAGGGCCAUUUCCUCUGCUCCUCCUGCAGCAAGAUCUUCCCGUUACACCGCAUGCUGACCCGCCACCUGAAAUGUCACAGUGCUGUGAAGAGGCACAUCUGCAACUUCUGUGGAAAAGGCUUCAACGAUACGUUUGACCUGAAGAGGCACAUGCGAACACAUACAGGUAUCCGGCCCUACAAGUGUGACCUGUGUGAGAAGGCAUUCACACAGCGAUGUUCCUUGGAGUCCCACCUGAAAAAGAUUCACAGCAUACACCAGAACUAUGCCUACCGGGAACGGCGCUCCAAGAUUUUCGUCUGUGAGGACUGCGGUUUUACGUCUAAUCAAGGGGACACGUAUUUCCUCCACAUCAGGGACCAUCAUCCCACCAGCCCGUUACUGCGCAAGUACCUGCGGAAGCAAGGCACGUCAUUCCAGGAUAGAUUAGACAUGCUUCUCUUCCCACGUUUUGUCUAG